AUGGGAGCGGGAUCGGCGCGGGGGGCCCGAGGCACAGCGGCGGCGGCGGCGGCGGCGGCGCGCGGGGGGGGGUUUCUCUUCACCUGGAUCUUAGUCUCAAUUGCCUGUCACCUGGCCUCCACCCAAGGAGCUCCUGAAGAUGUGGACGUCCUCCAGCGGCUGGGCCUCAGCUGGACGAAGGCAGGGGGUGGCCGGAGGCCCCCGCCCCCGGGGGUCAUUCCGUUCCCAUCGGGCUUCAUCUUUACGCAGCGGACCCGGCUCCAGGCCCCCACGGCUGCCGUCAUUCCUGCCGCCCUGGGCACAGAGCUGGCGCUGGUGCUGAGCCUCUGCUCCCACCGGGUGAACCAUGCCUUCCUUUUUGCCGUCCGCAGCCGGAAGCGCAAGCUGCAGCUGGGCCUGCAGUUCCUCCCCGGCGAGACGGUCCUCCACCUGGGGCCUCGGCGCUCUGUGGCCUUGGACCUCGACGUGCACGAUGGGCGCUGGCAUCACCUCGCCCUGGAGCUCCGUGGCCGCACUGUCACCCUGGUGACGGCGUGUGGGCAGCGCCGGGUGUCUGUCCCGCUGCCUUUCCCCAAGGACCCAGCCCUGGACCCCGAGGGCUCCUUCCUCUUUGGGAAGAUGAACCCGCACGCGGUCCAGUUUGAAGGUGCCCUGUGCCAGUUCAGUAUCUACCCUGUGACGCAGGUCGCUCACAAUUACUGUACCCACCUGAGGAAGCAGUGUGGCCAGGCCGACACACACCGGCCCCAGCUGGGACCCGUCCUGCCCCGAGACUCUGGCACAACCUUCACCUUCCAGACUGACCUUGCCCUGCGAGGCCUGGAGAACCUGACCACUGCCGCACCAGCCCUGGGGUCACGGCCAGCAAGCAGGGAUCCCAGGGGGACUGUGGUGCCCACCACACCUGCCAAGCCCCUGAGGACAGGCGCCACAGAGCCGGGCCGGCGUGCGGCCACAGGGGGCCCAGCCCGGAUCCCGCUGCUACCUGCCAAGCUGUCAGCCGGGGGAGUGUUCCCUCCCGUGCCCCCUGCUAGCUCCUCCACACCUGUCCAGCCAUUGCGGAAGAACGCAGCCACCAAGAUCCCCAAAAGUCAUCCAGCCAGGCUUUCGGUCCCUUCUCCUUCAGUAGGCCCUGUCAAAAAGCCCCGCCCCACCCAGAAGGCAGCUCAACCUUCCUUCCCCAAAUCAGCCCCACCCACCAGGAAGCCAGUGCCCCCCACUUCCCACCCACUUCCUGCCAAAGCCUCCCGCCCCUCAGUGAAGCCGAUCCAGAGGACCCCUGUGAUGCCCAGACCUCCGCAACCCAGCGCUCGGCCUCUACUUCUGGCCACUGGCUCCCCCCAAAAGCCUUUUCCCCCAGCGGGCCCGACCGAGGCCAAGAUGAGUAGUCGUGCGGGUGAGCCAGCCCCUGCCCGCACUGGCACCCACAGACCUCCCCGACCCACUGUGUUGCCCCGGCCACCUGUCACCCAUCCUGGCUCUCCCAGGAUUGCUCCCCCACCAGCCACAGUGACGCCUCCCACCCUUGCUCCUGGCUCGGUCCCCACCAGAAGCAAGAAACCCUCUGGAUCAGAAGCCACGAAGAAAGCCAGACCCAAGAGCAACCCCCGGAAGCCCGUCCCCCUCAGACCUGGGAAGGCGGCCAGGGAUGUUCCGUUGAAUGAUCUGACAACCAGGCCCAGCCCCAGACAGUCCCGGCCCCGCCGGUCCACCACCCCGGCCCCGGCAUUGGCCCCAGCGCGAUUGCUGUCCUCCAGUCCCUGGCCCACGAGUCAGAGCUAUUCAUUCUUCCACCUGGCGGGACCCACGCCUUUCCCGUUGCUGAUGGGACCUCCAGGGCCCAAGGGAGACUGUGGUUUGCCGGGUCCCCCUGGGCUGCCUGGACUCCCUGGACCCCCUGGUGCACGGGGGCCUCGGGGUCCUCCUGGGCCUUAUGGAAAUCCAGGCCUCCCCGGUCCUCCUGGAGCCAAAGGACAGAAAGGGGACCCAGGGCUCUCACCAGGAAAGGCCCUUGAUGGGGCGAAGGGCAACAUGGGCUUGCCUGGGCUCUCUGGGAAUCCAGGACCUCUUGGACGAAAGGGACACAAGGGCUAUCCUGGACCGGCGGGGCACCCUGGAGAACAGGGGCGGCCAGGACCUGAGGGCAGCCCAGGGGCCAAAGGUUACCCUGGCAGGCAGGGGUUACCUGGACCCGUAGGAGACCCUGGCCCUAAAGGCAGCCGGGGCUACAUUGGACUCCCAGGGCUCUUCGGCCUGCCAGGGUCCGAUGGAGAGAGGGGCCUGCCUGGUGUUCCUGGCAAGAGGGGCAAGAUGGGUAGGCCGGGGUUUCCUGGAGACUUUGGGGAAAGAGGUCCUCCCGGACUGGAUGGGAACCCUGGAGAAUUGGGCCUGCCAGGGCCCCGAGGAGUCCCCGGCCUCAUUGGCGACAUGGGGGCACUGGGUCCGAUUGGCUAUCCAGGACCCAAGGGCGUGAAGGGACUGAUGGGGAACGUGGGGGAGCCCGGACUGAAAGGUGAUAAGGGUGAACAAGGGGUUCCAGGUGUGUCAGGAGAUACUGGAUUCCAAGGAGACAAGGGGAGCCAGGGAUUGCCAGGGUUCCCAGGUGCACGGGGGAAGCCGGGGCCUCUGGGCAAAGUUGGAGACAAGGGAUCCCUUGGGUUUCCUGGGCCUCCGGGACCUGAGGGAUUCCCCGGAGACAUUGGCCCCCCUGGGGACAACGGCCCAGAAGGCACGAAGGGUAAGCCUGGAGCUCGAGGCCUGCCGGGACCCCGUGGGCAGCUGGGGCCCGAGGGAGAUGAGGGACCCAUGGGACCACCUGGGGCCCCCGGCUUAGAGGGCCAACCUGGCAAGAAGGGGUUUCCUGGCCGGCCCGGCCCAGAUGGCAUGAAGGGAGAGCCAGGAGACCCUGGACGGCCAGGACCCGUGGGUGAGCAGGGACUUCUGGGAUUCAUUGGUCUGGUCGGGGAGCCAGGGAUCGUGGGAGAAAAGGGUGACAGGGGCAUGAUGGGACCCCCAGGCGCACCCGGACCCAAGGGAUCAAUGGGUCAUCCUGGAACUCCUGGUGCUGUGGGGACCCCCGGAGAACCUGGACCCCCGGGUCCUCCAGGAUCUCGAGGCCUACCAGGCAUGAGGGGAGCAAAGGGACGCCGGGGCCCCCGAGGACCAGAUGGACCAGCCGGGGAGCAGGGGUCCAGGGGCCUGAAGGGCCCUUCAGGACCGCAGGGCAGACCGGGCCAGCCUGGGCAGCAGGGUGCGGCUGGUGAGCGCGGGCCCUCGGGCACACGAGGCUUCCCCGGCAUCCCAGGUCCCUCAGGCCCCCCAGGCACCAAGGGCCUCCCAGGAGAACCGGGCCCUCAGGGACCCCAGGGGCCUCUUGGCCCUCCGGGAGAGAUGGGACCCAAGGGGCCUCCCGGUGCGGUAGGAGAACCGGGUCUUCCUGGGGAAGCCGGGAUGAAGGGUGACCUUGGGCCUCUGGGCACCCCUGGGGAGCAGGGCCUCAUUGGGCAGCGGGGAGAGCCAGGCCUCGAGGGUGACAGUGGUCCUACAGGGCCUGAUGGGCUGAAGGGGGACAGGGGUGACCCUGGGCCUGAUGGUGAACAUGGCGACAAAGGCCAAGAGGGACUGAUGGGCGAGGAUGGGGCCCCUGGCCCCCCUGGCAUCACUGGCGUCCGGGGUCCUGAAGGAAAACCGGGGAAGCAAGGCGCGAAGGGCCGGACCGGAGCCAAGGGUGCCAAGGGCUACCAAGGACAUCUGGGUGAGAUGGGCGUCCCUGGAGACCCUGGACCCCCUGGCACCCCAGGCCCUAAAGGGUCCCGGGGCAGCCUGGGACCAACGGGUGCUCCCGGACGGAUGGGGGCCCAAGGAGAGCCCGGACUGGCUGGUUACCAUGGACACAAAGGCAUCAUGGGCCCCCUUGGACCUCCUGGACCAAAGGGUGAAAAGGGGGAACAGGGUGAGGAUGGCAAGGCCGAGGGGCCCCCCGGGCCACCGGGAGAUCGGGGCCCUGUGGGCGAUCGAGGGGACCGCGGGGAGCCAGGGGACCCUGGAUACCGCGGACAGGAGGGUGUGCCAGGCCUCCGUGGAGAUCCAGGCCAGCAGGGCCUACCAGGGCGUCCAGGACCCCGGGGACGGCCGGGACCCGAGGGAUCGAAGGGGGAAGAGGGACCAAAGGGAAAGCAAGGCAAGGCUGGGGCACCAGGACGAAGGGGCAUUCAGGGCCUGCAGGGGCUGCCAGGGCCUCGGGGCGUGGUGGGGAGACAGGGCCCCGAGGGUGUCGCGGGACCAGAUGGGUUUCCUGGCAGGGAUGGGCAAGCGGGACAGCAGGGGGAGCAGGGAGACGAUGGGGACACUGGCCCCACGGGCCCUGCUGGGAAGAGAGGAAAUCCAGGUGUGGCCGGCUUGCCUGGAGCACAGGGGCCCCCAGGAUUCAAGGGUGAAAGUGGGUUACCUGGGCAGCUGGGUCCUCCUGGCAAACGAGGGACAGCGGGUGGAACUGGGCUUCCUGGGAGCCAGGGGGAGCCUGGAUCCAAAGGCCAGCCGGGUGACUCUGGCGAGAUGGGCUUCCCUGGAAUGGCUGGCCUCUUCGGGCCCAAGGGCCCUCCUGGAGACAUUGGCUUGAAAGGCAUCCAGGGCCCUCGGGGGCCCCCUGGCUUGAUGGGAAAGGAAGGCAUCAUUGGGCCCCUCGGAAUCCUGGGACCUUCGGGACGCCCGGGUCCAAAGGGUGACAAAGGCAGCCGAGGGGACUUGGGAUUGCAGGGUCCGAGGGGUCCUCCUGGUCCCAGAGGGCGGCCCGGCCCACCGGGUCCGCCAGGGAGCCCUGUCCACUUUCAGCAAGAUGACCUGGGAGCAGCUUUCCAGAUGUGGAUGGACACAAAUGGAGCACUGAAAGCAGAGGGUUACAACCAUCCAGACCGGCUGGUGCUGGACCAGGGAGGGGAGAUCUUUAAAACCUUACACUACCUCAGCAACCUCAUCCAGAGCAUUAAGACGCCCCUGGGCACCAAAGAGAACCCCGCCCGGGUCUGCCGCGACCUCAUGGAUUGUGAGCAGAAGAUGGUGGAUGGUACCUACUGGGUGGAUCCAAACCUUGGCUGCUCGUCCGACACCAUUGAAGUUUCCUGCAACUUCACCCAUGGUGGACAAACGUGUCUCAAGCCCAUCACAGCCUCCAAGGUCGAGUUUGCUGUCAGCCGGGUCCAGAUGAAUUUUCUGCACUUGCUAAGCUCUGAGGUGACACAGCACAUCACCAUUCACUGCCUUAACAUGACCGUGUGGCAGGAGGGCACUGGGCAGAGCCCGGCCAAGCGGGCUGUGCGCUUCCGGGCCUGGAAUGGGCAGAUCUUUGAAGCAGGGGGUCAAUUCCGGCCAGAAGUAUCAAUGGAUGGCUGCAAGGUCCAGGAUGGGCGCUGGCAUCAGACGCUUUUCACCUUCCGGACCCAGGACCCCCAGCAGCUGCCCAUCAUCAGCGUGGACAACCUCCCUCCUGCCUCAUCAGGGAAGCAGUACCGCCUCGAAGUUGGACCUGCGUGCUUCCUCUGACCUCUGACCUCCUGGCUCCUCUAGGCCUCGA